AUGUCUCGACCUGGCACUCCCUCGAUGCUAUUUUUCGACGUCUUGGGCACAGUCGUUGAAUGGAGAUUCUGCAUUGCGAACCAGCUGAAGGCUGCAGCAGAAAGGGCCCUGCAAGACCAGGCUGAGAUUGCUGUGGAUGUGCGAGGCCGUGUCUCCGACCUAGCGCCCUCAACAUGGAAUGAAAUCACAGACGAGUGGCACCGCUCGUAUAUGAACUUCGGACGCAGCUUUGAUCCAUCCAAGCCCUUUGUAUCUGUAGACGAACACAACCGCGUCUCUCUAAGCAAUAUCUUCACCGACAGGCGUCUGCGGGAUCUUUUCAAUGACGACGAUCUCCAGCACUUGACUCUCUGUUGGCAUCGCCUCGAUCCGUACGCGGACAGUGUUCAAGGCCUUGCGCUGCUCAACACCAAGUUUCCGACUUCCACGUUGUCCAACGGUAAUGUCAAACUUCUCGAAGAUCUAGUGGAGCACGGUUCUUUGCCUUUCAAGCAUAUAAGCAGUGCAGAGCACUUCAAUGCUUACAAGCCAGCGCCAGAAGUCUAUCAUGCCGCUGCGCGCAGGUUCGGGUUAGAGACCUCGCAGUGUUGCCUUGUCGCUGCCCAUCUUCACGACCUGCAAGCCGCCAAAAGGUGCGGGUUCCAGACAAUUUAUAUCGAGCGACCUUUGGAAGAAGCUUGGGAUGCGGAACGCGUCGCCCAAGCUAAAGAAGAAGGAUUUGUUGAUUACUGGAUCGGCAUCGAGGGAUCAGGUCUUUUGGACGUUGCUCUGUAUUUUGGAAUAGAGACAGACGCGUAG